AUGAACCUCGCGGUGGCCGCCGUCAGCUCUAUCAUCCCCAUGCUGGGCAGGCUCCUCACCAAGGAGUACAACCUACAGAAGAGCGCCAAGGAAGAUGUCAAGUAUCUGCAGAGAGAGCUCAUGAGCAUGCACGCCGCCCUGAGAGCCAUCGCCGAGGUGCCGCCGGACCAACUUCCCUGGCAGGACAUGCUCUGGGCCGGCGACAUCACGGAGCUGUCCCACGACAUCAAGGAUCUCUUGGAGAGCUUCGAUGCGUGCGUCGCCGGCUCCGUGCCUCCCCCCGACGCGGGUUACUUCCAGGUGCUCAAGGUAAAAAUGGCCAACUUGUUCAAGAUGGCCAAGGUUCGCCGUGAGAUUGCCACCGCGGUGAAAGGUGUCAAAGAGCAUGUGCAAGAAGUGGCCAACCGAGAUGACAGGUAUAGAUGUCGUGGCGGUGGUGCAGCCCCACGGACUACAACCACCAUCGACCCUCUUCUGUUGGUUCUGUACGGAAACCAGAAGACGGUUGGCAUGGAUGCUGCAAGGGACAAGAUUAUGGCCAAGUUGGUACAUGGUGCAACUGGGCUUCAGAUACUCUCCAUAGUUGGGUUUGGAGGGCUGGGUAAGACCACUCUGGCUAAAGCAGUAUAUGAUAUGGCUGCAAAAAUAAAAUACGAUUGUAGGGUUUUUGUGUCAGUCUCUCGGAAUCCUGACAUAAGAAAGAUUUUUAGAAAACUGCUCUUCCAGUUUGAUGUGGAAACGUAUAUACGUUUCAAUCAAACGGAGUUGGAUGAAACGCAGCUCAUCAGUUUACUGCGACAAUCGAUAGGGGCCAAGAGGUACUUAAUCGUCGUUGAUGAUAUAUGGGAUACCAAUGCAUGGGGGCUAAUCAGUUUAGCUUUUAUGGAUAAUAACACCAGAAGUAGAAUAAUCACAACAACCCGCAAUUUUGAUGUCUCUAGAGCAUGUUGCUCUUUUGAUAAUGAGCUUAUCCAUACAAUGGAACCUCUCUCUGAAGGUGACUCCAAAAAGCUCUUCUACGAGAGAAUAUUCGCAAGCGAGACUGGAUGUCCUCCUGAACUGGAGCAGGUCUCCACAGAGAUCUUGAAGAAAUGUGCUGGAGUGCCAUUAGCCAUUAUUGCUCUAGCUGGCCAUUUGACAAGUAAUCAGCAGAUAAAACCAGAAGGUCAAUGGCAUGACUUACUUAAUUCUAUUGGUCGUGGGCUUACAAAUGGUGGUAGUGUGGAGCACAUGAAGAAGAUAUUAUCAUUCAGCUAUUAUGAUCUCCCAUCCCAUCUGAAGACUUGUUUAUUGUAUCUAAGUAUAUUCCCAGAAGACUAUUACAUUGACAAGACUCGGUUGGUGAAAAGAUGGAUAGCCGAAGGGUUUAUCCAAGGUGAAGACUUAUUUGAGCUCGGUGAGAGCUAUUUCAAUGAGCUUGUCAAUAGAAGUAUGAUCCAACCGAUAAACAUUGACACCGAUGGUAGGGCAAAAGGCUGUCGUGUCCAUGACAUGAUGCUUGAUCUCAUAUGUGAUUUGUCGAGUGAAAAUAAUUUUAUCAGUAUAUUGGAUACUAUCAAGGGAGACUGGUCUUUCAAAAGAAAUAUGCGCAGGCUGUCCCUCCAGAAGAGAAUGACAGAGCUCACCAGCACUCAACUGUCUACAACGAGCAUGUCACAAGUGAGAUCCUUCACCGUUUUUAGUCCUGCUAUUAAUCAGAUGCUUUCUCUUUCACUAUUUAAAGUUUUGCGUGUGUUGGAUCUAGAAGAUUGUAAUCUUGGAAAUGAUCGUGGUCUUAACCUCCAUUGUGUCGGGAAUUUGUUACAACUGAGGUACCUAGGAUUAAGGGACACAAAACUCCGUGAGAUCCCGACGGAAAUAGGAAAUCUCCGGCUGUUACAGAUAUUGGACUUGCAUGGGGUAGAUGCAGAAAAAUUGCCAACGGGUGUUGUUGGCCUAAGUUAUCUGAUGUUUCUACAUCUUAGAGAAAAUACAGACCUACCAGUAGGCUAUAGGAAUUUGACGUUCCUCCAAGAGCUAACCAAAGCAAACUUCAGUGAUGAUAUGGAAGGGCUGCGCUUCCUGACAGAGCUGAGGGUGCUUUCCUUUAGUUGGCCAUCAGGGUGUGGUCCCGACAAAAUUGAUAUUUUGGUAAACUCCCUAAGGAACCUGGAAAAACUACAAAGCCUAGAGAUUACAUCUGAGAGCAUUGAUCUCAUGGAGAGCAGCUGGAUGCCCUAUCCAGCGCAACAACUCCGUAGGCUUGUGUUGCAUGGAUGGUUUCAUAAUCUGCCAGGAUUUAUUAGUUCUUCAUGGCAUCCCCGCCUCUCCUACCUAUGGAUAGAAGUCCGCAAACUGCAACCGUGGGACAUUCAUGACCUUGGGACUCUGCCAGCUCUUCGUUAUCUCUACCUGAAGUCAAUCUUGGACACUGCCAUGGAAGAGCGUGCCACGCAAAGCUCCCCGCUUAAUAUUGAUGGAUUCCCUUGCGCGACAGAGUGCUGGUUCGAAGGUGUUACAGUGAAUCCAUUAGGGUUCCGGCCAGGAACUAUGCCUAUGGUUCGAUGCCUUGCGUUCGGUGCCCAAGUGUGGAACAUCCUCGAUAUACGUCAUUCGAUAAAGCACCUAGGUCCAGAUGGCUUGGAGUUGGACUACUUGAGCUGGAGCAUAAUGCACCUCUCUUCGCUCGAGCAACUCUCCGUUGAUCUACAUGGCGAGGAGGCUAGCAGCGCAAGGUAUACUAGAGCGGAGGCCGCGCUGAAGCACGCGACGUACAACCAUCCCAACCGUCCCAAGGUCAACAUCUGGAGUCCUAGAGGCUGAAGAGCUGAAGAGGUACGUCAUUAGUCGCAACGCAACAGGCGUUUAUAUCCAAUUAUCAUGCAUACUUGUUCUGCUAAUCUAGAGGCUCUGUCUUUGGCUUUUUCGGGUCCACUCUCAAUUUCACUCUUUCUUUCUUUCUCAGCUGCAGCCCCACGAGCAAGGGCACUCGGCCUCUGCAUGCUACAGGUACGUACUGAUUUCAUUCAUCAACAUCCAUUAUAUGUAUAUAUAUGUAAAAAAAAACAGAAUAUAUUCUGGUGACUAGUUAGCUCCGUUUAAUUUUAAUUUUGCAACUCCACCACAAAUGAUCGGUGUCUAUAUAUGUGAUUCACGUUUCUGCAUGUCAUUGCAGCUGCGUAGCAUGGGAGGUGUGAUCGAUUUCGUCGCAAUCAGCUUCAUCUUUAAUGUUCUUUCGUCGCAAUCAGCUCCACCUGCAUUGUUGCUUCAUUGUUCCUUCGGCGUCAAGAAGAAGUUUUGUCUCCCCCGUAAAGAAGACAAAAAAAGAAAAGUCUGGUGACAUUGCAUAUGUUUGCGCCCUCUCUGCUUUUGGGUUCGUGAAUUCAAAAACCGUUAAAUUUGUACGGUUCGUUCGCGCAUCAUGCGUGCUGCUAGCUAGCUACCUGGAUUGAUUGAAUGUAUUGGGUGGCAAAAUUAUGAUGUACAUCUUGAUUGUGAUUUCUUGGAAAGUUUUCCUUUCUCUUCAAAGGAGCAGCUUAAUACUUUUCACGUGGAUUAUUAAAUAAUUCUUGAGAUGAAUUCACGAGG